GGGUAAUGGCCACCUGCAUCGGAAUGCAGACGACAAAGCAAAUGAUUUCUGGAAUUGGUAUCGAUGAUACCUGGCGUGUCCACUUGCAUUUCGUCCGCACCGAUAUUGUCGAUGUUUGCAUCAGGUAUGGUCGUGAUAGUAGCGUUGCAAUAUGCCCCUGAUAAGGUGACCAUCGUAGAAGAGCCUGAGCUCUGGAUCCUCUGCAAGGAUACUCUCCAUGAUAAUGGCAUCAUGAGACUGAUCCAUGUCGUGGUCGUUAUCUCGGAAAGAAUCUACAACGGUUCAAGGUCAUUCACCAGACAAGGCUGAAGUCAAUGAUUACAAGAAAGAGAACGAAAAGAAAGCAGCCUGCGGCGGAUUUUUGAUUCGGAUGCACACAGGAUUGGAGGCGCGCAUACUGAGUAGGACAGGAGUUAGAACCAAGGAACAGUGAAGGGU